CUCUCUCUCUCUCUGGGAAAAACCCGAGCAGGAGCAAGCAGCCGACGGGGGGAGGAGGAGGAGGAGGAACCCUUCUUCUUCUUCUUCUUCUCCUUCUUCUUCUUCUUGGAUCCAGCAGCAGGACAUCGAGAGGGAACAGGACUGUUGGAACCCUCGCACCCCCCCCCCGGUGCGCAGCGGCACUCGAUGUGUCUCAGGAGGCGCAGCGGAUUCCGUCCUCCGGAGCGGAUUCAUGUCCAGAUUCUGCUCGAUGGAAUCUAAAGCUCUUAGAGGCAGAAGCAGUUUGUUCCUCGGUUCAGUCGCCUGCCGUUGAUCCAGCACCGACCCGUCUCUGUACACAGGUCCGAUCCCGGGCGAGCGAGGGGGGGAGCUGGCCAUGGGGGGAGGUCGCAGCGAAACCUCGGCACUGAACAGGAGUGAAGGGGGGCGGGACAUUACCCAGAAUUCCCAGGGGCCCAACGCCUGCUGCUUCUGCUGGUGCUGCUGUUGCAGCUGCUCAUGGAAUGAAGAGGAGAGACGGAGGCGGCAGAGGAGGAAGAGAAUCUCACAGGACACCAAGAUGGAGACGAUACCGAACUGUGAACCUUGCACCAAAGCUUCAGAGGACGAGGUCCGGCUCUGGUCUCAGUCCUUCGACCAGCUGAUGAGGAACCCUGCAGGACGGAACGUCUUCAGAGAGUUCCUGCGGACGGAGUACAGCGAGGAGAACAUGCUGUUCUGGCUGGCCUGUGAAGACCUCAAACAGGAAGUCAACAAGAGCUCCGUGGAGGAGAAAGCCCGGUCCGUCUAUGAAGACUAUAUCUCCAUCCUGUCCCCCAAAGAGGUGAGCCUGGACGCCCGGGUUCGAGAGGUGAUCAACAGGAAGAUGCAGGAGCCGACCCCUCACGCCUUCGAAGACGCUCAGCUGCAGAUCUACACGCUGAUGCACAGGGACUCGUACCCACGGUUCCUCUCCUCCAACAUCUACAAGUCGCUGAUUCACGGCAGCUCACGCACCUCGUCUGAGUCCUAGUCCCUCACGGCACUCGGAUCCUCCACGUCCAGAACUCUACAGAAACCAUCAGACUCCUCAGUUCACGUUCCUCGAACCCAGAUCCGUCCAGCUGCUGCUGAGACCUCUGUCUCUCUUCACCUCCUCUCACUCGGAGACACCAAGAAGAUCUCCUCUCCUGACUCCGCUCCUCUCCUGACUCCUCUCCUGACUCCUCUCCUCUCCUGACUCCUCUCCUCUCCUGACUCCUCUCCUGACUCCUCUCCUCUCCUGACUCCUCUCCUGACUCCUCUCCUGACUCCUCUCCUCUCCUGACUCCUCUCCUCUCCUGACUCCUCUCCUGACUCCUCUCCUGACUCCUCUCCUGACUCCUCUCCUCUCCUGACUCCUCUCCUGACUCCUCUCCUGACUCCUCUCCUGACUCCUCUCCUCUAUAGUUCAUCUGUCACCUCUGGACAUUCAUCUCUCCUUCUUUUCUUUCAGCCGCGUCUCUUCUCUUCUCCAGUCUUGUGUCAGAUAUAAAAAAUUAUGAACAUAUUGAAAAUGGAAAAGUGAAGAAAACUGAACAGUUAAAUUCUGUUAGAAAUCAAUGUUUGGACAAAUCUGAAAAUCAUUACAUUUUCAAAUUUUCAGAUGUUAUAUCAUUAAUAUUUGUCCUUAUCUAGCGAGGCUGUUUAACAUCAUAAAUAUAUAAACACGUGGUAUAAAUUAACAUUGUACUACUCUCUAAAGGAUCAUAUCAUUAUGAAGAGAGAAAAAUAAGAUGGACAUGAAAAAAACUGAACAAAUACACUUUUUUAAUCAGUUUGACAAAAAUGUUAAUGAAGCUUUUUCCCUGGUCAGUUUGAAAAGAGGGAACCAUGUGAUCCAGGUGCACUUCCUGUCUUUCCUGAUCACAUGUCACAGCAGGUGUCCCUCAGUUUGAAACUUUAGACCUGAAACUUUAUAACAAGUUAAACAACCGGUCAAUGAACAAACUGUGGAUCAGGUUCAAUUCACAUGUUUCAGUCAGUUUAUAAAUUUGCUGCUUCAGUUUUCUUUUCAUCUGUAAAACUGUUUUUAUUAUGUGAACCCAUUUGAUCUCUUAUUCUCAUUAUCAGUCUUUUCCUGCUCUUCUCUCCAUCCUCCUUCCUCCUGGUGUUCUCCUCCACGUCUCCUCCGGAGCAGAGGAGGAACUGAUCUCCUCCUUUGGGAUAUCUUCUGCUGUAAUGUGAAGAUGUUGGUUUAACUUUGGGAAGGUUGUAUUUAUUCCCUGGGAGUUCGUGGCUCUGCUCCUCAGGACGUGAGCAGAAGAACAAGAUGGAUCCUUUCCUCUUUCAACUGGAGAACACCAGCAGCAACCUGCAACCAUCGUGGUUUCUUCUUCUCCUCGUUCCUCCUCUCGCUCCUGUGCUGAACUAACGGGUGGAGGAGCUCACUGCCCCCCCGACUGCUGAUUUACAAACAGACAAGAAACAUAUUUUUGAAGAGAAAAUUCUCAACGGAACAUUUUUAUUAUGUUGAGAUUAUUUCCAUUCAUCUCCAGGAGGAGGAUUCUGAGGCUGAUCACUGUUCUCAGUGACACCACACACACACACACACACACACACACACACACACACACACACACACACUGCAAUAAAACACUGGAGUUUUAAAAAACAACACAUGCACACAUUUACAACAUUUGUGUUACUAUACUUCCUGGAAACUUAUGAAUUGAAUUUCUUCCAAUUCGACCAAUGACUCAUUUAACUGGAACCAGGUUUCCCUCAGAUUCAUUGUUUCCUGAUUCAUGAUAAUUGAAGAGUUAUGAAAACCAUAAUUUACAGUGUGUUCCUUGUCAGAGCAGCACGUCUCAUUAUUCAACAUGUUUGAGCAAAAACACCCUUUAACCUUCAUAUCUUUCAGGUUUCUCUACAUUUCCUGGUUUUAUUUUGGAACUUUUUAGAGAUUUGAUGUCACUGGGCUGAAGAUAUAAAUAUACUUAUAUAUAAAAGAAUAGGUAUGAUUAGUUGACUUAAAGAUUUAAUGUAAAACUUUACAAAAACAAGCAACAGAAAUUAAAGGUUCAUUUUCCUCCAGCUACAAAAACAAGGUCAAUGUCUGUGUGGUUAUAAUAUAAUAAGAAAUAACUUGUGUUAAUAAGUGUGUUAAACUGAGUUGUCCUGAUAAGUAUAGUAAUACAAACACGCACACACUGCUGCUGCUGACCUCUGCCUCUGUGACCUCUCACCUUUGACCUCACCACUGUCGGUCACCCUCACAGAUGCCUGCUCCUGAUUGGCUACAGGAGCCAGGGGCUGAUGUGUGGUUCGUCGAUUCAGGAAUUUGGGGGGGGGGGGGGGGGGGAAUCAAGGUGAAAAUAAAUAUAUCAAGAUAUAUAUCAAUGACUCAUAAAAUAUCUAUAUAUAGAAAAUAAUAUACCUAUUUGAGAUGUGAUGCCCACACCCAGUGCUUCAUGGGAAAUGUAGUCUGAGGAAAACAAAUGUUUGUCUGUGGAGACAGAGAUUUCUCCAGAGCUGUCACUCAGAAUGCAUUCAAGUAUUGUUCAUGUUAUUUAUUUUACAUUUUGUUUAAGCAGUGAUUUUAAUUGUACAUAUAUAAAUGGAAACCUUGAACGUCCAGUGAGAA